AUGGCCAGACAGAACACAGGCACUUAUGACAGUAAAGAUUUGGAUAUUCAAAUAAUCAUGCAGCAUGUGACUCCCCUUGAAACUACAGUGACAAUUGAGUGCAGCAGCAGUACCUAUACAUUUCUGGACUGUGAAUUAUGUAAGGAUGAGUUCAUGGCACUACAGACAACAAGAUCUUCCACUAAGCCUGUAUUUCAGUACGUUAUUAAUAAUGCUGCAGCAUGGCAUGAAAGCAUCUACACCUGUUCUUGCUCCUUUUCAGAUGGGAAUUUUAUACGGGGUGAUUAUACUCUUUUACUUCUAAGUGAUCAAAUAGAUGAACCACAAAUAUACGUGGAUGAAGACACUGGGGCACUUGUUUGUGCCAGCGAGAACAGCAGGUAUAAAUAUAAGAAAUGUGUUCUGUUUCAAAGUGGUCUUUACCUGUUCUAUAUGAAUUGUUUAUCUGGUAUCUGUCUUUUUGGCACUGGACAUCCAUCUGCUCGGAAUAAUUUAAGCUGCUCGUGUUACGUGGCUGAAGCAUCAAGAUGGACUCGUCACAGUUCUGUUCUUACUAAUGAAGAAAAAUGGCAUUUGAAAAAGCCAGAUAUUGAAGUAAUAAUCCAUGGACAAACUCGAUCUGGGACAAGUGUGACAAUUAAAUGUAGUACUUACGAAUUAUUUAAGUGUGCACUGCAUAAAAAUACGCAACAGAUAACAGAAAUGAGCAGACCCUCAAUUGACUCUGCGUUUUACUAUGACAUUCAGAAUGCUAUAAGAGAGGAUGAAGGCUUUUAUCAAUGUGAGUGUGAAGUUAAAAGCUCAUUAUUCAGAAUCAAGAAGACAAGUCCUCAUGUUCCUUUAAUCCUGAAUGAUCAGGUGGAUGAGCCAGAAAUACAAUUGGUUGAAAAUGAGACUAAGAUUGUAUGUGCUAGCAAAAACAGAAGCUAUGAAUACUGGCUGUGCAUUUUGUAUCAGAAUGGUCAGCAAAUACGAGAUGCCUUUCCAGAGUAUAAUAGUACUGAUCGUGUUUCCUUUGAUGUUGCUGACCUACCUACUGGCGGUUACUUCAGUUGUCUCUGUUAUACAUAUAACCCAUCAAAAUGGACUCGCAGCAGUUCUGUUAUUGUUAAAGGAGGAAAGUAUACUGACUAUACAGUUAUGAAUACCAUCAGGCUUGGUCUCGGCUUUCUUGUAAUCCUCUGGAUGAUUGUUCUAGCAGUAGAAUCGAGAUACCAAAGCAGACGUUAUGGAGCUGGUAAACAGUCCCAGUCAUAAAGAAAUGAUCCUGCAUUAAUAUUCUGGUGUAUUCAAAUGCUGUUCUUAUUAAGCCUUUGCACUCCUUGACUUUUUUCUAUAUGCAACACUCCCAGGCAUUUUGCAUUGACUAUAAUCAUUAUAUCUGUUUUGUGCGAAUAAAUGAAUCUGCUUUCUGUUAUGCAUUUUAAAUCAGGACUGGUGUCUGUGUGUUUUU